CGUAUGACUAGUGCUACGAACUGAAGACCGUUAACGGCGGUGGAUUCAACAGAAUUGAAAAUAAUAUACUUUAAUCCGUGUUAUAAACAAAGAACACAUCCAUUUUAUGCAUAGUAAGUUAAGAAAACUUUAGUUACUUGAAAUAUGUCAGGCGACGAUCCAACAUUAGAACGCCAUUUCCGAGGGCAUCGAGACACUGUAACAGCCCUUGCAUUCAAUCCAGCUAUGAAACAACUGGCCUCUAGUAGCCUUGAUUCAAGCAUCAUGGUAUGGAAUCUUCGGCAGACAAUAAGGGCAUUUAGGUUCAAGGCUCACAAGGAUGGGGUGAUGGAUAUAUGUUUCUCUCCAUCUGGACAUUUAGUAGCAUCUGUAUCACGGGACCGAAGUGUUCGUCUCUGGGUCCCAUCAAUUCAAGGGGAGACUGGAGAAUUUCGUGCGCACACAGGCACAGUUCGAUCCAUUCAUUUCUCACCAGAUGGGCAACGAUUGGUGACAGCCUCAGAUGAUAAAAGUGUUAAGAUAUGGGGUGUUGCCAGAAGGAAGUUCAUCUCAUCUCUUCAGGGGCAUAACAACUGGGUUCGUUGUGCUCGGUUUGCUCCAGAUGGACAACUCAUUGCUACUUGUUCGGAUGAUAAAACAGUUCGCUUGUAUGACCCCAACAGCUCCCUGUGUGUACAUACAUUUCAAGAACUAAAAGGAAAUGCUGUGAAUGUAGAAUUUCAUCCCAGUGGAACGUGUAUUGGAACAGCAAUGACAAACAAUGUUGUGAAAGUGUACGACAUCCGUAUGCACAAACUGUUGCAAUAUUACCGCAACCAUGAUGGUGCUGUCAACAAAAUAGCAUUCCAUCCCUGUGGAAAUUAUUUGCUUACAGCAUCCAAUGAUUCCACCAUGAAGGUAAUGGACCUUUUGGAGGGCCGUCCAAUUUAUACACUGCAAGGCCAUGAGGGACCCAUAACAUCUGUGACAUUUUCAGCAAAUGGACAAUAUUUUGCAUCUGGUGGGGUUGAUCAGCAGAUAUUAGUAUGGAAGACAAAUUUUGAUAAUAAGAAUCUGCUGCGAGAAUUUCCACAACAACCACAUCAGACCCAUUUGAAAGAAUCGAAAAGUGAAUUGAGCUCUCCAACCACACUUCAAGUAGAUGCUAGAAAUGUUGUCAUGGAUGAGAACCAGUCUGAUGAUAUACAUGUAACAACAGUUGAAUCAUCUCGUUUGGAAAGAACUGUUCCUGACCAGUCUUCUCAUUGCAGUACACCUGAAGUAAUAGACCUUGUUAGUGAGGAGAAUUACAACUACAAUGAUUCUGGUGAAAGUCCAUUGGAGGCAUCUGCUGGAACAAGCAGAGUCCCAAGAGGCCAAUAUAAACAACAGCCAGUUCCUGCCUCUUCACAUGACAUCAACAUUUCAUCAUCUCCUGAGACCAAUGAUGAUCGUACAAAGCAUGUGUUGGCAGCAGUGGAAAAUCUCUGUGGUCAGGUUGAAAUGUUGAGAAAAUCUAUGGUUCUCAUGGAAGAGAGACUGACACUAAUUGAGGAUAAGACAAAAGAUAUAGUCUCUAAACAUUAGUGGCACAUCUAUGUCUCAUUGAACUGAGGUUCAUGCAAGUCAUUGUCAUUUAAUACUGCCCUAAAACAUGUCUGUGUAAUAAUUUUUAGACUUUUAAAAAUAUGAUAUGCAGAUAACUGACAUCUCAGCUAAAAAAUAACUUUGCAAACAAUAAUUCUUGUUAUAAGACAGGAAUUUUUUUAAAUAUUAGGUCUUGCUAGUUUUAUCUUUUGUGUAUCUGUAAGUUAUCUCUGAAGUUUUAAAAGCAUAUAAUUUUUAAAUGCCUCUACUUGUGUUGUAACUGGCUGAACAUUUGCUUUACUCGUUUUUUUUUUUCAUAGUCAGACGAAGCCAUAUGGUAAAAUUAAAUCUGGAAUUACUCUUUACAGCAUAAUUAACAAGGUGUUGGUGUUUUUUCUCCCUUCAGAAUUAGUUUGUCUUUCAUGUGGUGAUGUGUGUAAAUGGCAUUUCUGAGUAAACACAUAAAUAAAUAAAUAAUUGAUUCAUUGAAUUGUACUGAAUAAAUUCUUUAAUUCAUUUGUAUGAAUUCAUGAUAGAGAAAAAGAAAGGAAAAUAUACAGUGCUCUGCAAAAUAAUUCUUUCAGAUUUAGUUACGGAACCAUAGAUAUUUACUACCAGACAUUUCUUUUGGAGUUUGUUAUGAUGAAAAUAAUAAUAUACAAUGCCAUUAAAGAUGUGAAACAAUAAACAUAACAUUAAAAUGAGGAAGGAGAGAG